GCAUGGACCCACUUGUGGUGACAAUUCCCACAUGUCAUCUAUUUCUAACAUUAACAAACACGUACCCACCGUGCUUAGUCCAAGUGUCAUUUUCUCAUAUAACCUCUGCUUCAUGUUUGCCCAGCUUCCAUUGGUCAUUUCCCACCGUCAAUACUUCUCCCUUCUCCAUAACCUCCUCAACACCUCCCACUCUAAACUCUCCUCCUACUUCUCCCAUGUCUUUCUCUGUUACAUGACAAAGUUAUUUCCAGAGUACUCUCUCCCUUUGUUGCCAAACAAAUAAUAAAAUAAAAAAGAUAUAGCAAAAGAGGAGGAGCACUCUACUGUUUUUCUUACUUUUCCUUUUAAAGAAAAAAAAAAUAUAUCACUAGUCGCCACCAUGAUCAAGACCCUCAACCCUUAUGCUAAUACAGCUAAAACGGCUGAGAUUAUGUCAAGGUACAGGCCUAUAGCUCCAAAGCCAGAGACACCAUCGAGUCCCACAAGUGAAACGACCACCACCACCACCACCACCACGCCGCCAUCCAGUAAUACUACAUCACAGAAGAUUAGCCAAUCCCCUUACCUGCGAAAUCUCUGGCCACAAUUGCAGGCUCGGCCCACCAGAACCAGGAAGAGAGGUAGAGCUGCUUUAUCACCAUCCAUUACUCUUAAGCGCCAAAGGACCCACGCAUUCGGGCAAACUCCACCUACUAGCCAUGUGGCUUUCCAGGCCAAAAACAUCUUGCAAGGCUUCACUCAUGGGCUUUCCCAGCUGUCCAUACCCCACAUCUUGGAUCAGAAACCCACUACCAGUUUGGUUACACUGCCUCUCCUCCCAUGUCACCCACCUUCGACCCCAGUUAUUUCAAAGCAUGAUUGGAUAAAAGCUUGUGGUGAGGAUAACCCAGUAAUAGACUUGAAUACCAUAGCUGAAGUUCCUGAAGAGAAAGAUCUUUUGAAACAGCUGCAGAGGAUUCCAACCAGCCCCACCACCAAUGUCAUUUCACCACAACCCGUUAGGCCGGUGGGGUCCAGCAUAUGCGUGCGGUCCAUAUGCGAGGACCUUACCCAAUCCUUUGGAGCUCAAGCUCCAAAGAAUCCAGAGGAAGUUGAAGCGGAGGUCGAGUCCGAGGCCCUGCCAGUUGUGAUAACAGAUUCCAACAACAAAGUUAGGAUGGCAAAUUCUGCUUACAAGGAGUUAGUUGGUCAGCCCGAAUGCUCGUGGCUCGAUUCCAUGGUGACCAAUACUGAGGGACGGCUCGGACUCGGAGGCGGCUCAUGCAAGAGAAUCGGCGGAGAGGUGGCUCUUCAGUUCUCCGACACAGCUGUGCCUUUUUCUUCAGAUGGGUUCUCUUGCUGGGUGAGGAUAGAAUGGGGGAGUGAUGGGAAUAAGAACUCAGUUAACGCUUUCUGUGAUGUUAUCAGAAUAUCAUGCGAGCCAAAAGACUACGUCUUCACUUGGAGGUUCCAUAUCCACACCAGAGAGGCAUCUCAAUCAAGUUGUAAUGUUUGAACUCUGUACUGUAAAUAUAUAAUAUAGGUAUUCUACAUAGUAGUUUAGUUAGAAAAAUGCAGCUCAUCUACAUUGUAAUUGUACGUCUCAACUCUCAACAUCGAGUAUAUAUAGUUUUAUUAGCUGUUUUUUUAUUAUCAAAAGAAUGUAAGUUUGAAAUCUAGUCUAGUAUUAUAAAUUAUUAUGUUCUGUUCA